AUGGCCAUCCAUCUCCUGAUGAUUGAUUGAUUGAUUGAGGCCCUCGUACGCGUACGCCCGAAGCAAACUCCCCACCGCACCCGUCCAAUGUCCAUGGGCACAGCCAAGGCACGCUUCACCGCUCUCUCUGUCUGCUGGCGUGACUUGACGGCGUGCCGUGCCCCAUAUGGCGGGGGGGAGGGGGGAGGGGAGGGGCGCACUCAAUCAAUCAAUUAAUCUGGCGCGGCCUUCUCGAACGGCCAACGACGCGACGCAGGGAAGUACAAGUAGGGCGGCAGAGCCCCCGCAAAACGCGCAAUCCUGCCGAUCUUCAUCCCCCCUCAGCACAAGCGGGCGUGCGCAUUGGACAAACAUUGGUGGCCGCAGGCCGCCCUUUGUUUUCCCACCUUCUCCACGACCGACCGACCGAACAAACCACGAUGCCGAUGAUGGCCUUUUUUUUGCGAAAAUCAGGAGGCCCGCCGCCGCCCCGGGUUCCAGACCCGGUCCCAAACGUCCCAGAAGAUUGUCUGUCGAGUCAUCACGACAUCGCGCCGUCAUCCGUCGCCCGUCUAGAUCCCGUUGCAUGGUGUACCGUCCGUUACCCUGCUGCCCGCCCCCUCGCCCAUCGCAAUCUCUCUCCAGAUUCCAGACGCGGCUCUCUCGCCCGCGCUCGCUUGCGCGCAUGAUGGCGGAGGCGGCGGGAGGCAAAGGAGAGGAGACAGAGGAGACACGUCCGGACGGACAGUGACAGGGUGCGACAGGGGGGCAACGGGGAGCGCGAGGCAGAGGCAGAGGAGAGGCUGCCUGGUUACUACCUGAAGCCUGUCUGCCAGCCCUGCAUCGCGGGCGCACCGACGCCGCGAAACCUAGGUGGACGCGCCUCCGCUCCCGAAGAAGAAAGAAGCCAGCUCUGCAGCAGCUCUGCAGGCGCACAUAGCUCGUGCAUCCGUCUAGCUGUCGCCUCUUCUGCCCGCCUCGCCUUCGUCCUCGUCGUCGUCUUCGUCGCCUUGCCCGUCGCCCGCUGCCCGCCUAUCCAUCUGGCCCAUACGCCACAUACGCAGGCACAGGCGCACUGG